GAGCCGUAGCUGCAAAAUUACAGCGGACUGUCUGAUAACGUUAUUUCUUUAUUACCUCUACUAGCUCUGUACCUCUUACGAGGCGCUUUGAAGCCCUCUGGACUGUGUCCGUUUAGAUACUGUCGCCUGAGAUCCCGGCACUCCCCUGGGUUCCGUAUUUUAUUCAACUGACGGUCCCCACCCCUGCCAGCAGCGGUCGACUUGUUGGUUUUCUGACGCCAUUCAUUGGCUCUUGGUCCCUCCGAGGGCAUACCCGGUGACUGCCUCCCUAGGCCGCCGGUCUUUUCCUUAGACAGCCAUGGAUGAAAAGGCGUUCACGAAGGAGUUGGAUCAGUGGAUCGAGCAGCUGAAUGAGUGCAAGCAGCUAUCGGAGAACCAGGUCAAGACUCUGUGCGAGAAGGCAAAAGAAAUCUUAACAAAAGAAUCAAAUGUCCAGGAAGUUCGGUGCCCAGUCACAGUAUGUGGAGAUGUACACGGACAAUUUCACGAUCUUAUGGAACUGUUCAGAAUUGGAGGCAAAUCACCAGAUACAAAUUAUUUGUUUAUGGGAGACUAUGUUGACAGAGGAUAUUACUCUGUUGAAACUGUAACGCUGCUUGUUGCACUUAAGGUUCGCUAUCGGGAACGCAUCACAAUCCUCCGAGGAAAUCAUGAAAGUAGACAAAUCACACAAGUAUAUGGAUUUUAUGAUGAAUGCUUAAGGAAAUAUGGAAAUGCAAAUGUCUGGAAGUAUUUCACUGACCUUUUUGACUACCUCCCCCUGACUGCACUGGUAGAUGGUCAGAUCUUUUGUUUGCACGGAGGACUGUCUCCUUCAAUAGAUACACUUGAUCAUAUACGGGCCCUUGAUCGCCUUCAAGAAGUUCCACAUGAGGGUCCAAUGUGUGACUUACUUUGGUCUGACCCAGAUGAUCGUGGUGGCUGGGGCAUAUCACCUCGAGGUGCAGGUUAUACAUUUGGACAGGAUAUAUCUGAAACAUUCAACCAUGCUAAUGGCCUUACUUUGGUUUCAAGAGCCCAUCAGCUAGUGAUGGAAGGAUACAAUUGGUGCCAUGAUCGGAACGUAGUAACCAUUUUUAGUGCUCCAAAUUAUUGUUACCGCUGUGGCAACCAAGCUGCAAUAAUGGAACUUGACGACACACUAAAAUAUUCAUUCUUGCAGUUUGACCCAGCACCACGCAGGGGAGAGCCACAUGUGACCCGUCGCACACCCGACUACUUCCUGUAAACAGAAUUUUACUCUUGUACAGUAUUGCUACCAGCAGGAUUUUGUCAUGAGAUCUCGGAAAAGCAGCAGUAACUUCAAAUUCAGGGGAGCGUUGUCACUUAUGUACUCUUAAAUGAUGGACCAAAAGAUGUGCCAUAAAAGCCUCUUGUUUCAACAGCCCGUGACCACCUUAGAGACCCUGUCCUUGCAUGCUGAAGUGGCAUUGUCUGUCAAAGAGAAAAAAAAAAAAAUCUGUUUCCUGGCAUAGCACUACUUGUAGUACAUUUGCUUUCUCGGAGAGACUGCAAAAACUAAAACAUUAACAACACGUGAAUACAAUAACUCCAGUUAGCUAUAGCUCUACCUGGCAUGAUUAUAGAUAAGAUAGAAACAGUCGGAUUAACCCCUUCUGUGCUGCAGGGGAGGCAACAGCAUUCUGCUGUCUUCUCUGGUGUGAAGGGGAUACAUGGACGUUUUUAAUCAAUGCGUACCAAGGGCCCUGCUGCCUUUAUUGUGACUUCAGAUAUGUUUAUUUUCAGGGAAUACAAUUUAAUUUAAAUUUCAUAUGCGCUUACUAUUUUUUUUUCGUUUCACCCUUCCGCAUCAAUUUUCAAGUCUGCGACUGUUUUAUUUUCUGUAGUUAAUAACAAAUACAUCUGUACCGGAACCAGAUCUUCUGUAAGACUUUGCUGCAGGACAGUGCAGCAGUAUCCUUUCUUUUUCCCUUCCCCCAUAAUAAACUUGUGAACAAAGUCCUUA